CUCAAUUACUCCAUUCCCGUGUCAUUCUUACACCGUUUCACGCUCCCUUUCUCCAUUGUCUUGUCUGUUCGUUGUUACACCUUCCUCCGGGAUGUCUGGUCGCUUUGUCCGUUCCUCCAAGUACCGACACGUCUUCGGGCGGUCGACGAGAAAGGAUCAAUGCUACGAUAACCUCCGGGUGUCUAGAAAUGCCUGGGAUAGCAACCUCAUCAAGGCGAACCCCCAAUACCUCUCCGUGAAUUGGGAAGCCGGUGGUGGUGGCGCUUUCGCUGUCAUUCCUCUUACCGAGCGUGGCAAGCUGCCCGAGCGCAUUCCCCUCUUCCGCGGUCACACCGCUGCUGUCCUGGAUACCGACUGGAAUCCAUUCAACGACGACUUGGUUGCGUCUGCCUCGGACGAUGGCAAGGUCCUUCUGUGGCGAGUACCGGACGACUUUACUGUGCGCCCCGACGUCGACGCUGACGACAUCCGCGAUGUUGCCCCGGUGGGCAAGCUGAGUGGUCACCCGAAGAAAAUCGGUCACCUCCUCUUCAACCCCGCGGCGGAGAACAUCCUAGCUACGGCAUCCGGCGACUUCACCAUCAAAAUCUGGGAUGUCGAAGCCCAAGCCCCCAAGCUCACCUUGAACGUGGGUGAUGCCAUCCAGUCGCAAUCCUGGAGCGCCAAUGGCUCCCUCAUGGUGACGACGUCGCGCGACAAGAAGCUGCGGAUCUGGGAUGUGCGUCAGGAGCGUCCUGCACACGAGUCCCAGGGACAUACGGGGGCCAAAAACAGUCGCACUGUGUGGCUGGGUGAGCGCGACCGGAUCGCGACCACCGGGUUCUCCAAGAUGAGUGACCGCCAGCUGGCCUUGUGGGAUAUCCGGGCUCCCCGCGAGCCGAUCAAUGGGUUCAAGACCCUUGACUCCAUCUCUGGUGUUUGUAUGCCGUUCUGGGAUGAAGGCACGCAGUGUCUGUACCUCGCAGGCAGAGGUGACGGCAACAUCCGCUACUUUGAGCUCGAGAACGACAAGUUCGAAUAUCUCUCCGAAUACAAAUCGAGCGAUCCCCAGCGCGGUGUCGCCUUCAUCCCCAAACGUGGGGUCAACACGCAUGACAACGAGGUGGCUCGCGCGUUCAAGACCGUCAACGACUCGUACAUCGAGCCGGUCUCGUUCAUCGUCCCCCGCCGGUCCGAGAACUUCCAGGAUGACAUCUACCCGCCCACCAUUGGCCUCAAGCCCGCCAUGGGCCCGUCGGAGUGGUUUGGAGGCAAGGAAGCUAUCCCUCCCAAGGUGUCCAUGGCCAGUCUCUUUGAGGACGAAGGUCUGAAGGAAGUUACCGGCGUGCAAGACAAACCGACCGCCACGAUGGGUGCCCCCGAGCCCAAACCCGCGGCGGAGCCUAAGCCCGCCGAACCGACGCCCGUCAAGAGGGCCCCUGAACCUGUUCCCGAGCCGACUCCCGUCGCGAUGGUCAGGCCGGAGCCGUCUAUGAAGGAGCAGGGCGCCUCGAUGGCGGCCAUGGUUAACAAGUUCGCCGAUAAGGAGGAAGAGGCCGAGCCCGUUCAGGUGGAUACCAGCUUCGAUGAGGUUCCCAAACCCGCUUCGCGGUCUAACACCGCCUCCCCGGCCAUCAAGAUUACCCCGUGGCACCAGACGGAGAAGGCCACGCCCAGCCAUACUCCCACGGCCGACCGCUCCCCGGCCCCCAGCACCCCAACCGUCGGUACUCCCAGCAGCGCCACGGGGCCGACACUGCCCGCCAGCAGCGCCAUCCCGACCGACACGGUGCAGCGCGAGAUUGGAGCGAUCAAGGACUUGAUCGCGGAGCAGACCAAGACGAUUGCCACGCAGGCGCAGCAGGUGCAGAACCUGACGGCGGAGAUCGAAUCGCUCAAGGCCAAGCUGGGCUAGCCGUCGAUGUGACUCCGCAGCAGCGCCCCCGUGUAUGUAGACCUGUGUAUUGUAAUUAUUUUGGAUCGCUUGCGCGGUAGAACUCCGUCUUUCCUUCUUGUUUCUUCUUGAUGUCCAUAGCUUUCCUUGGCCUGUUUGGCCACGGCUUGAUUGUCGGUUCUUGUCAAUAGUAUAUGUACA